AUGCCUGUCAUGCCAUCUCCCACCCCCUCCUCCACUUCCUCCAAGUCCCAGAGACUCCCCAAUGCCGCUCGAGCCCCGACUGCCGCCAGCCAAGCAAGAUCUGGCACUCCCAAGAGUCAGCCAAACACAAAUGCCGCCUCGACAAGGACUGCCAAAGCCAGGCCAGCGUCGGACAAGGAGUCCAGCGUUGGCCGCUCCUCCAGGACAAGCUUCCGUAGAGAAUCAAUCGCAAACCUGGUCGCGAGAGAAAAGCCGCCAAGCAAAGAUGGCACGGUGCAGAAAAGCGCGAAGGAGGUGGAGGGCCUGAAAGACUUUCAACUUGGCGACUGUCUUGGGAGAGGCGCUUUUGGAAGCGUCUACCGCGCCCUCAACUGGAGCACCGGCGAAUUCGUCGCCAUCAAACAAGUUCGCCUUGUCGAUCUGCCCAGGACGGAACUCACCACCAUCAUGCAAGAGAUUGACCUGCUGAAAAACCUCAACCACUCCAACAUCGUCAAGUAUCACGGCUCGGUCCGCGGGCAGGACAGCCUCUACAUCAUCCUGGAGUACUGCGAGAAUGGCAGCCUGCACUCCAUCUGCAAGAACUUUGGCAAAUUCCCCGAAAACCUGGUCAGCAUGUACACCGCGCAGGUCCUGCAAGGCCUGCUGUUCUUGCACGAGCAGGGUGUCAUCCACAGAGACAUCAAAGGCGCAAACAUCCUCUUGACCAAGCAAGGCUUGGUGAAGCUGGCUGACUUUGGCGUCGCCACCAAACAGCAGGGAUUGGCAGAGGGAAGCGUGGUCGGCACGCCCUACUGGAUGGCCCCUGAAGUCAUCGAACUCUCCGGUGCCACCACUGCCAGCGACAUCUGGUCUCUCGGCUGCACCGUCAUCGAGCUCUUGGACGGCAGACCUCCGUAUCACAAAUUGGCUCCCAUGCCGGCACUGUUUCGCAUCGUGAACGACGACCAUCCACCGCUGCCCGACGGCGUCAGCCCCCUCGUUCGAGACUUCCUGAUGCAAUGCUUUCAAAAGGACCCCAAUCUUCGCGUGACGGCGAAGAAGCUGCUCAAGCACCCGUGGAUUGUUUCGAGCAAGAAAGGGGAGAUGAAGAAGCCCACGGAGUAUGACGAAACGGUCAAGAGCGUACAAGAGUGGAACAAGGCGUUGAGAGCGUCGCCGCAAAACACACACACCGGAGAUGCUGCAAACGGCAGGACGUCUGCUCGCCCGGGCUCGCGACCAGAUUCAAGAGGCCCUCCAAAGCCCAUUCCGAACCGUUCUGUUGCCCCACCCCCGGCCGCCAAGCCCUCAUCGCGCCCCUCCGUCCAAGCCGCAAAGGUGCAUCAUUUACCGGAGGAUGAAGGCGAUGAUGUGUGGGACGAUGAUUUUGAAUCGCUGUCCACCGGGCUUGCCGCUCUGCAGCUUCCCGAGCACCGGCGGCCGCAAGACAACUUUGCCGGUCUCCUCAGUUCAGACAAGCUGAAGCAGUAUGCCAGCGUUGAUAUUAUUCCCGACAUGGACGGCAAGGUGGAGCAAUGGGAUGAAGUGUUCGAGGGAGAUCUCACAGUACGCUCUCCACUUCAAUUGACGAAAGGCAACGCAAUUGAAACCGCUCGGCCCUUCUAUCCCCCGCACACGACCUCUGAAGAAAUCAAACACCAUCCACCAUCCGGCUUGGCCAUCACAAUGCCUCCAUACGGAACCCAGCCGAGGAGAUCGAGCAGGGAUUCGCAGCCCAGAACACAGAUUCUUCGACCCAUGAAACCCGAGGUUGUCCCACCUCCUAAGACGAAGCCUCAGACCAAUGGACAGCGGAAUGCACAGCCCUCGUCAGUUCAGAAUGAGAAAUACCGCGAAGGAGACGACGACGAGGACUACUCAGAUCUUGUGCCCGAGGAUGAUGCCGCUUUCAGAAAAAAGCUGGCUUCCCUGUCGCCCAGCAGGCCGUUCAAUCCCGCCGAUAUCCGUAACAUCCAAAGCAAGAUCGGAGGUAGUGUGCGCCGGAGAACAAAGACGCCAAAUGGACUUGUACAUGAUGCAGCAGCCAUCCGAAGGACCCGGAGCUCGCUUGAGAUCCAAAAGUACGCCGAGGAUGAGGAGGAAGAUUUCAAUGAUUGUUUCGAGGACGAAGAAGGAGCGCCGAUGAACCUGCAUUCCGUGAAGACCCGCUCGCCCAAGUCCAUCUCUGCGAGCAGCGACUCCGCUAGCGACUCCCAGCGAGGAACUCUCAAAUUUAGUGGAGGCGCACCGUGGCUUCAAGACGAAGAGGAUGACGAUGAUGAUCCUUUCGCUGCUAUGGAGGAAGAACUGGAUUCGGUCGAUUUGGAGGAGAAUGUGGCACGCGACAAACACGCACGAUUGUGUACUCUGGUCGAAGGCUUAGUCUCGGAUCUCAAACUCGACCAGCCGGAGGAUGUUCUUGGCGAGAUUGUCGAGCAGCUUCUCGAGGUCAUCACCGAGUCCCCGGACAUGAAAUCGGUCGUUGUGAGCAGCCACGGCAUGCUCCCAAUCUUGGAGAUAUUGGACUCAUCCACUGGCCGCCAAACCAUUCUGCACUUGCUUAAGAUUGUCAAUGCCAUCAUCAGCCCCACGAAUGUCGAGGUCCAGGAGAAUCUGUGCUUCGUUGGUGGCAUACCAAUCAUCUCGAAGUUUGUGCACAAGAAACAUGCCGCUGAGAUUCGACUCGAGGCGGCGGCUUUUGUGCGGAUGAUGUACUCGACGUCAACACUAACCUUGCAAAUGUUCAUCUCGUGUGGCGGGCUGAAUGUCUUGGUCGAGUUCCUUGAAGAGGACUACUAUGAGAGCGAAGUCGGACGAGAGCUCGUGCUUGCGGGCGUCAAUGGCGUCUGGAGUGUGUUUGAAUUGCAAGGCCCGACACCCAAGAACGACUUCUGCCGCAUCUUCAGUCGCAGCUCCGUCCUACAGCCGUUGAGCUUGGUGCUCAAUCGUGUUUUGGACGACGAGGGAGAGGCCGCCGAAGAAGUGGAAGGUCGCAUUGUGAACAUCUUCCUCCUCUUCAGCCAAGCCGAGAACCACGUGAAAGAAACCGUGGCGGAUCGCAUGGUGCUAAAGACGGUGCUGAAAGACUUGCGGCGCAUGCGACCGCAACACCAGAUCACGAUGCUGAAGUUUAUCAAGAACCUGAGCAUGCUCGCAUCCACGCUGGACGCGCUCGAAAACAGCAAUGCGAUUGAAGUGCUCACCGACCUCCUGAGCGUGAGUAUGAACGCACCACUCUUCCUCGAGAUCAGCAACCAGAUUCUAAACACCAUGUACAACCUCUGCCGUCUGAACACCGACCGACAAGUCGACGCUGCAUUGAACGGCGUCAUCCCACUGCUGCAGCGCAUCGUCCAGACUGAGCGGCCUCUCAAAGAAUUCGCGCUACCCAUUCUGUGCGACAUGGCGCACAGCGGCAAGCUUGGCCGCAAAGUGCUCUGGCAGAACAGAGGAUUGCAAUUCUAUGUAUCGCUCCUUGCAGAGCCCUACUGGGCUGUAACGGCGCUGGACGCGAUUUUCAUCUGGCUGCAAGAGGAGACGGCGAAAGUGGAAGAGCAGCUCUUACGCACGGAGUUGGGCUUCAGCAGCGCCGUGCUGCAGUGCUUCAAUGAAACCCGAGCGGAUGCGUUUGAAAACCUGCUGGAGCCGUUACAGAAGCUGCUUCGCUUGUCACAGCCGCUCGCCGCGAGCCUGGCACAUCGCAGCUUGUUCGAACGGAGUGCCGUCAAGCUUCAUGCGAAGAAGCCGCUGGUUCGACUAAACUUGCUGCGCGUGAUCCGUAGCAUCUGCGAUGCGAGCAGAGAUCAAGGGGCGCUCAUAAGCCAGUACGGACUGUUGGAGAGUGUGCAGAAUCUGGCGAAUCACGAUGCCGCCAUAUUGGUGCGUGAAAUGGCCGGCGAUCUGGUGAGAAGCUGUGAAAUGGGGAGUACGCCAGCCGCGCGAUACGCUGGGAUGCGGCGGCGGUCAAGUAGCACUAUGAUGUCCCCCGCACCCCCGUUUACAUCGUCGGGUGCCACAACGCCCAUCGAGCGGGGGGUAGGGGCAAGGGCUGGAUACUUCGACGCCGGCAUGGAGCUUGCACGAUCGCGAGCCAUGGCUUCUUCGCCGCUCCGGCCCGGCAGUCGGGACUCGAGUAUGUCUACAACAGGGGCGUCGAGUAGCGAUUGGAGCAGCAAGAACCUCGCUGCCGCACGGGAUCCGCGAGCGCAGGCGAAGUCGUAUCUGCCGCGUUCGGGGAGUCGACUCGGUUUGAGCCCAAGCACCGGCACGGUCAGUGGGAAGGUGCGCGAGAACAUGACGCCGACUCACGCGCCGCCGGUGAGUGCGAACACGCGGAGCAGCACUGCGGCAGCUGCGGCGAAUGGACGGCGAAAACGAUAG